CGGAGCCAGCACCGACCCCCACUCAGCCCAACGAGGGGAAGGGGUCCAGGGAGCCCUCAAGGAGGGCGCGGCCGCCCCCCACCGGGCUCCGAGCCUGGUGCCGUUGGGCCCUUUCACCCUGCCGGCCCAGCCCUCGCUUUGGUGCAGCUCUGUCCUGGAGGGGUGUACAGCGAGCAGUCAGGCCUGGUCCAAGCUCUGUCCUGCAGAUAGAUGGAGGUGGCCAUCCUGCUCCCCCUGGUGCUGGGCCUCCUGCUGCUGCCCCUCUUGGCCGUUUUGCUGACGGCACUCUGUGUGCGCUGCCGAGAGCUGCCAGACUCAUAUGACAGUGCUGCCUCCAAUAGUUUGACCCCAAGCAUCGUGCUCAAACGGCCUCCCACGAUAGCCCCCUGGCCACCAGCUCCUUCCUAUCCACCUGAUACCUCCUACCCAUCCUUCAGCCCGCCAGACCGGCUCCUCAUCCCGAGAUCCCCACAGCCCCCAGGGGGCUCCCACCAAAUGCUGUCUUCCCGGCAGGACUCAGAUGGUGCCAACAGUGUGGCAAGCUAUGAGAAUGAGGAGCCAGUCUGUGAGGACGAGGAUGAAGAGGAGGAUGAGGAGGACUAUCACAACGAGGGCUACCUGGAGGUGCUUCCUGAUACUGUCCCAGCCAACAGCAGUGCUGUCCCAGCAGCUCCUGUGCCCAGCAACCCCGGCCUCCGAGACAGCGCCUUCUCCAUGGAGUCGGGGGAAGAUUAUGUGAACGUUCCUGAAAGUGAGGAGAGUGCAGACGCGUCUCUGGAUGGGAGCCGGGAGUACGUGAACGUGUCAGAGGAGCUGCAGCCCACUGCCCGGACUGAGCCUGCCAUCUUGAGCUCCCAGGAGGUGGAGGAAGAAGAGGAAGAGGGUGCCCCAGAUUAUGAGAAUCUGCAGGAGCUGCAUUGAGGGCCUGCACGAAGCAUGCCUGCCCUGGAGCCUGCCUUGCCUGGGGGAGCGGAGCUGGGCGCUGGCAGUGGCCCUGGGGGGCCCAUUGGCACCUUGCCCCGGCUUGAACCUGACAACCGCCUGAGAAUUUUCCUCCUAACUUAUUGUCACUUUGGGGUCCAGUCUAGGUACCCCCAAAACUCUGCACCUUCUGACACAGCCUGAGAAUGAACUGCCUCGGCCCCAGCCCUAGUCUGUAAUAGAAUAAAGGCUGGUGUGGUCUGUAGCGCUCUUGACUUUGGGGGGUCCGGUGGGUCGGAGUCAGGGUGAGGGUGGGCUGUGCCUGAGGUCUGUGUGUAUGUGUGCGUGUCCGCGGCUCUCCGUGCUCCGCAGCGCCUUCGUGCUCCUAAGCGCCCUGGCCAGGUGCUGCGGGAGUGACUGUGAGUGCUGGCUAGGACACAUCCCCCUGUGAGUGAGGCAAGUCUGACCCAGACUGGCACUUCCGGGGCCCAGGUGCAUCUCCCCGUGAGACAGUCCACAGAGGCGAUGGCUGUGCUAAUGGGAGAGUGGGCCGUGGGGAUGCGCUGGGAG